CAGCAGGUGAGCGCAGCAUCGGAGACGCAGAGCGGCGGAGGACCGGAGCGGAGCGGAGCCAUGGGGAAGCUGCAAGAAUUUGAUAUCACUUUCACCAACAACAAGGUGGUUUACGGUCCGGGAGAGUCGAUAAGCGGAAAUGUGAAGAUCCGAACCGGGAACUCGCUGCAGUACAAAGCCAUCAAGGUGAACUGUCAGGGCUCAUGUGGGAUCUCCAACAAAAUGAACGACACCUCGUGGACUCUGGAGGAGCAGUACUUCAACAGCACGCUGUCUGUUGCUGACAAAGGAACUCUGGUGGCGGGCGAACACAGUUUCCCUUUCCAGUUUCUCAUUCCAGUUGCCGCCCCGACUUCUUUUGAGGGACCCUUUGGGAAGGUUGUUUACCGGGUGAGGGCGGCCAUCGACACGCCUCGGUUCUCCAAGGACUACAAAGCCCAGCGGCCCUUCUACCUGCUCAACCUGCUCAACCUCAAUGAGGUGCCCGACAUCGAGCAUUCGAGUUCCGCUGUGACCACCAAGAAGUUCAGCUACCUCCUGGUGAAGACGGGGACGCUGAUGCUGAAAGCUCGCAGCGACCUGAGGGGCUACAUCCCCGGUCAGGUCAUCAAAUUAGCCACCGAGAUCCACAACAAGUCUGGGAAAGACACUGGAUACGUCCUGGCCAGUCUCAUUCAGAAAGUGACCUAUAAGACCAAGCGGCCUGUGUUUGACCUGCGGACCAUCGCUGAGGUGGAGGGAGCCGGAGUGAAGGCAGGAAAACAUGCCGAGUGGAGGGAGCAGAUCAUCGUCCCUCCUCUUCCUCAGUCAGCUCUGGCCGGCUGCAGCCUCAUAGACAUCGACUAUUUCAUUCAGGUGUCACUAAAGUCUCCGGACGCCGUCGUCACUCUGCCCAUCUACAUCGGCAACAUUGCCGUGAACUUGUCUCCAUCGAGGCCGAUGCCCACCAGUCCGGACCACUCCGGUGCCUCCGUGGCUUCCAGUGCGGUGAGGGUGACGCCCAGCGCCCCGCCGGCCGAGGAGGAUCCGGACGAGGAGCUGUGUGCCGGGGGCGUCGCCAGCGAGGAGAUCCCCACCAAGAGUCACUCCCAGCAGGAUCCCUCCGGCCGGCCGGUCACCAUGUCGCCCAGCGCCUUCAGCCACGCCCCCGGAGCGGCGCUGCCUCCCGGCCACCGGCGGCCCGACGCCUCGGCGCCGCUGUUCUGCGUCUCCACCGGAGCCACCAUACCGUUCUUCACCGAGGGAGACGUCACUCCAGUCCCCACCUCCUGCUCCCUCAUCCUCCCUCCAGAGUACAGCAGCUGGGAUUAUCCUCAUGAGCCUCCACCUACCUACGAGGAGAGCUGCAGCAGCGCCAACUCCAGCUUCAACAGCCGGCAGUAGAGAGCAAACAGGUGGUGAAACGUCGCGGCCACGCCCAACUCACCUGUCUGCACUCACCUGUCAACACACCUGGAUAGAGACACGCCGAGGACGGACAAUAGCUCCGCCCUCCAGAGACUGUUUCUUUGUCCUCUAAUGAGAAAAAAAAAGGGAUCAUAUCUUAUAACGACUAUAAGAGUUUUAAUUUCACCUCAUGUCCCAGCAGGUAACGUCAGACAGAACGGGUGAACUUCACUGUGCCUCAAAGAAGUAUUUUGGAUUGUUGUGUAGGAUAGUCAUGAUUGGACAUGUUUGAUUCUUAGGUGGGUAAAAUCAGCUUCUUUUUUUAAAACAGUUUGUUGCAUCUGUGAUGCCUUGACAAUAAUUUCAGCCACUGAUAGCCCAAUCAGACCUCCGAGUCUGGCCUUUGUUUUCUGUGGCGUCGCUGUGAAUAUGUUCUUCUUCUUGUGGUCCGGUUCUGUGUGUCUCAGCUGUCUUCAUCCAGAGGUGAACACAAAACCACAGCUGCUGGUUUGUUAGUGAAGCCAGUUGAAGCUGCUGUGUGCAGGAUGUUACUGUGAUUAUUGAUUAUUAUUACAGCAAAGUCAGGAAACAUGUUGAAUCCUGCAGAAAAAAGGGAAACCUCUCAGUCGCAUCACCAGUAAAAAAAAGAUUUCUAUAUUUUAUUGGCAUCCCUCAACCAGUUGGUAGAGUUAUGCUUUUAUUUUUUUCUGUAUGAGAGGAUUUGUGCCCUGUGUUUGGAAAUCUAUUGAAAUUUUAGAUCCAUUUCAUCCCUCUGCUGCCUCCUUGUGGCGGCUCAUAUAACUGAGAGGCUUUUCUGUGAUUCUGCGUUCAGAGUACAGUUUUAUCUGCGGAUGAGCCCCAGUUUUGCUGCCCUCCUGUGGUCAGAACUGGUACAAGCUUUAUCUCAACUGUCCUGAAACCUGAGCUCAACAAACAGCGAUCAUCCGUGCAAAACGAACCAUCUGCUUCUGCUGAUGAGUAAACUUCCAUCUUCUUGUAGCUUCUUGCCGAGCAGAUCUGAUUUUCUUCUGGGUUGUUUUCGUUCUCUUUGUUGCCUUAAAUCCGUUGUGGAGUCAGAUGAUAGCAUACGUGUGCACAGCGCAGCACUUUUUGACUUUUUUGGUUACGUGAGUGCACGAGGAUCUGAGUGUGCACAUCUACUGUAAGUGUGUGUGUGACUGAGUGUGUGUGUGUGUGUGUAAAAAUGUAGUUUAUUUGUAAGAGAAGUUGGGAGUCUGUUCAAAUGUCUUUCCCGCUUUAUCUCUGUACAACAACUGAGCAAAACUUAUUUUAUUCUGAUAUAUUUUAAUAUAUUUUGCAUAUAUUAAAAUGUAUUAAAUCUCAAAAUCUUGUCAGAACUAAUUUAUGAACAAAAUGUGUUACUGGAGGUUUUGUUCAGCAGGUAUCUCUUGUAGAACACGACUCAGUGCAGCAAUUUUACUGUUUCCCUGAUUUUUCACAUCAUGUUGCGUCAUAUACUAGCGACAGAAAAUCUCCUCUACUAUAUCAUGGUCAUGGUUUCAACGUGGCCUGACGUGUUGUAAAAGUGUCACUUUUUGUGUAAAAUUUAAAGCACAACUGAUUGUGUGUGGCUGUUCAUAUUUGUCUCAUUUUCCCAGAUUUUACAGCAAAAUCAAGUCAAAAUUUGCUUUGAAUUUAGUGAAGUCGCAGCACUGAUGUUGGUUCUUGACUCCAAUUCAUGUUUCUCUUGUGAGUUCUGCUUUGACUGUGGCUCAAACAUCGACGUCGUGGCUCUACGUUAUCGUGAACGCUCGCCUUAAGCAGUCUGGAUUCCCGCCAACGGACCAUUACUUCUUCUCCGGGAGGACGUCGGCUCGCGUUCUUCCUGUUUCGUCUCCGGCGGACUGUGCGAAGUGCACUUGAUGUACACAAAUGUAGCUUUCAAGAACAGUGAGACACUGGACCUUCGAUCUGCCGGACUUUGUUUUUAUUCUCGUUUUAGCAAAUAUGUGCAAUUCCUCUUAUAUUCUGAGAACACAACAGCAGCAGCAGCAGCAGCUCCCGGAAGUCAUUUCAUGCUGCCUUUUUCAGUCCUCAUCCGUUUGAAUUCUUCUUCACCAAAAGGUACUAUAGCUUUACGAAGCCCCACUUGUUCUGUUUUUAUCUUUCAUUCUCUCCUGCCUCACAUAUUGAUGAGUGGUGUCUGGUUUUUGUAUUUUUCUACUUGUAAACUGUUUACAGGUGCAGUAUGCAUAUCCGACUAGCAGCACCUCAGCCAGUACAUGUAAUCAACCUACAGUGCAGAAUUCAACUUGUACUGUACAACAUAAGAAUAAAACUAUAUGACAUGUGA